AUGGACCUUAACAAGGAAGAAGAAAAAAAAGAAGAUGAUAUCGAAAUAUGCGAAAAUGACGAAAGAAACAGACCCCGGGUUCCAAUAAUCGACAGAUUUCAACAGAUGUUAGACGAAUCCCAGACAAUAGAGUUUAUAAAAAUAAAAGAAGCCGGCAAGAAGUAUAAGUCAAAGGACUCAAAGGCUUUCUUGGAAAAGUAUACGGAUAUAAUCGGCGUGGAUCAAAAAUCAUCGACUGAGGGUUGCGUCCUUCACCGCAUAGCCAAGGCCAGGAUCGACGACGUUGGAGAGAAGUAUGCUUCAUUAAUCGAGUGGUGUGCAACAGAGAAGAUGCUUCUGAGUGUUAACAUAACUUCAAAUUAUAACCCUCUUCAUACAGCUUUGAGUGAAGGAAACCAUUCUUUCGUCGACAAAAUGAUACAGAUCGCCAAAGGCAAGUCCCGAAAAAUUGGGGCCAAAAUGAUUAGUGCUACGACGCACAGCGGUCACAAUUGUUUUCAUCUGGCCAUCGACUACUCUUCAAAAUACACUAUCGAUCUUAUUAGUCUGUAUCGAGAGUAUACCAGUGAUGCCCAGUCGACUGAGACGAAAGCUUUCCGGCAACGCGUGCAGACUGAUCAUCAAACACCGCUACACCUCAUUAUGGAUCGCAAUCAAACUCAUGUUCAACAAUAUGACCCGGAAAUGAGAUUGAAUGUUGUGAAAGCUUUGAUUGAAGCCGAUCCAGAGUCGUUGGAGUGCCGAACGAAGACCCAAAAUUUGACGCCUUACCAAUAUCGCCUGUAUUUCUUGGAAAAAGAAAUCCGGAAAGAAAUGACCGCUGAAGGCCAGAACUCGUCUUUGAAAAGUCGCAAGAAUGAACGAGAAAUAGCACUGCAGUUGCGCAAGAAGGUAGAUGAUGACGACAUUGCGAGUUACAUCAGAAUGUUCUGUAUUAGUCGUCGCUCACGAGACGAGGCGUUGAAAGCGCUGUAUCCACCGGGGCAAGAGCGAAAUAUUGAUUUCGACCUAUCCGGUCUCCGAGACCAGUCCAUAUCUGUCGAAUACCUUGAUAAUCUCGCCACGCAUCUGCAGUUCGAAAGCGUUCUUAAGUAUGUUGCCUUACCAAAACUCGUUGUGAACUCUCAUCGGGAAGACUCAAAAGACAAAAAAACAAAAGGGAGAGGACUUAGAGAACUUACCAAAAUUUUCGAUUGGCUGAGACAAAAUCACGUCAAUAAAGUUAUCAAGGUCAUCGUCGUAGAUGAUGGUGACAUAUCCCAUUCCGACAGCGCUAUCCGAGACGCUGUGAGUGGGCUGGAUAUUCAAUAUUGGGACUGGAAAAAAACAGACAUCUGUAGUGAUGUGAUUCUUGAUGUUGCUCCGGACGUGAAAGAAGUAGCUCUCUACUCAUCGGGAAAUAAUGCCGUCUUGCUUGGGUGGUCCAGUCCAGACGGAUUCCCAAAGUUUCAAAAGGGACUUGAAGAUCCGAUAGAUUAUGUCCAACAAUUCAAGGAGAAAAUCGAAGGGAGAUUGAAUAAUCAAUGCAGUCACUGUAAAGUAGCUGAAGAUCCAGCACAGGGCUAUGGGAAUAUUACGGUCGAAACAAUUCGGGAGGAUGAGACCAAUCCUGUAGCGGCUGGGUUCCGAGAUGCACAACCUGCUAUCGAAAGGAACGAUAAUGAAUGGAUGGCAUACAUGAAAAAUUUCGCAAUAUUUUUGCGGAAUAUCAAGGGCGAUAACCUCCCGGAAAUCAAGAUUGCAGUCAUCGAUAGCGGCAUCGACGCCACAUUGAAUAUGUUUAAGGGACGUAUUGCUCUCGGCAAGUCCUUUUGCCGUUAUCAAGACUCAGAAGAAUGCAUAAGCCAGUAUUACGUUCCGGCCGAUGAUCAUGGGACGAAAAUGGCAUAUUUUAUAUGUCAAGUGUUCCCCAAAGUAAGACUAUACAUUGCGCGGCUCGAUAGUGUCGAGUCGAGUCAUGGGAAACAACAAUUUACGGCCAAAUCAGCUGCAGAGGCAAUAAAGUGGUCUAUAGAGUGUGGUGUGGACAUCAUCUCAAUGAGCUGGACUAUAGAAUCAAACUCAGUCGAGGGGGGAGAGAUAAAGCAGCUCAAGGACGCGAUUUCAUUGGCAGAGAGCAAAAACAUUCUUAUGUUUUGCUCAGCUGAUGACAAGGGAGCCAUAUCAAGCGACCGCUGCUAUCCUAACGCUUGGAAGAAAAGUCUUCUUAUUGGAGCAGCUAACGAGACUGGUAGCAUGUGUGACUGGGUUCCAGCUCAUCAAAGUUCAGAAAUGUUCAUUUUCCCCGGCCUUAACAUUCCGUUUUCUCCUUGGAUCGAUGCGCCAGACAAUUUUGAGUCUGGAAGUUCUGUUGCCACCGCAAUAGCAGCUGGGCUUGCUGGGGUGCUAUUAUUUUGCGAUGCACUGAUUAAAACAACAUCAGAGCCAAACACAUCGCAAAUAAUACCAUCUGCCACUAACCAAUUACAAGUGGUAACACAGUCUAUAAAUACCGCCGCCGCCGCCGAUGAUGACAGCGACGACGACGUCGGGUCUGUUGUAAGUGACGACGAAUCGGAUAAGCAGCAGGGCACCCCGUCACUCAAUAACGAGCCACUCGGGCAACAGUCCCCUCAACAAAGCCAGUCUGAGCCGAAUAGCAGCUACAUAGAUAAAUCUGAGCCUCUCAACUCAAGGGGUGGUAUGGAACGAGCUCUGUCGAAUUUAUCGGAUAGGGGACGGGGAAAACCCUAUUAUCCGAGACCUGAAAAGGUGUUGGACGAGAACUUUCAGUAUUGGAGCUGGAAGUUGCAUCGUGCUGAGGCGAAAGAAGCGUUGGCAAAAUUCAUGACAACGGUCAAGGUAGGGAGUCUACAAGAAAAACUUAUCCAAGUAUUAUCUGUGAAGCAAACUGACAUGGAGAUUUCUUAG